AAACCAAAACCUCCCAAAAUGCUCUUUUCGUUUCCUUGUUAGAGAGAGACUGGGAUUUUGUUCCUUCUCUUCGUCGCUGGCUACUGAGCUAAGCUAUGAGCCCUUUACCCACCAUGGCCGCUAGCUUGCAGGCGUCGCCGCACCUCUACGCCGCCCCUAAGAGCCGGUAUUCCUAUCGGCCCAGCAGCGGCAGCGGCGGUUCUAUCCACCCCAGGAACAGCCGGCAUCACCUCUUCACCAAGGCCUUAGCUUGUCAGAGGAGCCCCGAGGCGCCGCUCAAUCUGCGCCUCACUCAAACUGCCCCAGAUAAGUUGGUCAAGGAACGAUUCGCAAGCAUAUCUUCUUCUAGAGGCAAGGAAACAACUUCAGUUGGUGUGCCCCCGCAACCAGUGUCGCCACCGCCAUCUUCUGUGGGAUCACCACUCUUUUGGAUAGGUGUCGGUGUUGGGCUCUCUGCACUUUUCUCAUGGGUAGCGACAUACUUGAAGAAAUACGCAAUGCAACAAGCUUUCAAGGCUAUGAUGGGCCAGAUGAAUACUCAGAACAGCCAGUUCAAUGCUCCUCCCUUUUCUUCUGUGUCACCUUCUCCUUUUGCACCGCGUCCUCCUUCUUUUCCUGCAGCUACUUCUCCACCUCCCGUUACCGUGGAUGUUCCUGUGUCUAAAGUAGAAACUCCAAGAGUACAAACGGAACCACCAUCUCCAGUCAAAGAUGAACCAGCAGUAAAGGAGGAGCCAAAAAAAUAUGCUUUCGUGGACAUAUCUCCUGAAGAAACCAAGCAAAAGAGUGCUUUUGAAAGCUUUGAGGAUGUGACAGAAACUGCUUCCGCGAAAGAUGCUCAAUCUGCCACUGAAGUUUCUCAAAAUGGAGCUGCGUCUAAGUCUGAAACGGGUGCUUCGGGGGCAGCCCUAUGGACUGGAAAAGCAGGUCCUGGUUUGUCUGUAGAUGCUUUGGAAAAGAUGAUGGAAGAUCCAACAGUACAGAAGAUGGUCUACCCGCAUUUGCCUGAGGAGAUGAGGAAUCCUGAAACCUUCAAAUGGAUGCUACAGAAUCCCCAGUACCGCCAACAACUGGAAGAAAUGCUGAAUAACAUGGGAGGUAGCACUGAAUGGGACGGCAGGAUGAUGGAUUCUCUGAAAAAUUUUGAUCUUAGCAGUCCUGAGGUGAAGCAGCAGUUUGAUCAAAUUGGUCUGACACCAGAAGAAGUCAUCUCGAAAAUAAUGGCAAAUCCCGAUGUUGCCAUGGCAUUCCAGAAUCCCAGAGUCCAACAAGCCAUUAUGGACUGUUCUCAAAACCCAAUGAGUAUUGCCAAAUAUCAAAAUGACAAGGAGGUCAUGGACGUGUUCAACAAAAUAUCAGAGCUCUUCCCCGGUGUUACCGGCCCUUGAUUGUUUAUGAUGCAAUUCUUCAGCACUCCCGAAUUGAUUCUCCUCUUGAUAGCCAUGGAACUGCAGAAUUAUUUAACAGAGGACCUGAUCGUUACUACAUAUGAAGAAGAAAGAAGGGCUUCCCAUCGAGACCGAGGUGCAACAGAACUUUUCCUGAUCUUGCUGAGCCACGAAAGACAAUGUUUUUCUAUGGAUAACGAGUGGAAUAUUUUUGUAACUUGAUCUUGUAGCUUAGACCCAUGUUAUCUUAAAAAUAGCUCCUUUAUGAAAAUAUUGUCUCGUAUUAGACGGAUCCUUGUACUCUUUUGACUUGUACAGAAAUCAUGUGUCUAAAAUGUUUUGGCACCUUAGAUGGAAUAACAUAGUGCUUCCGGGGUUCGAUGAAUUCUUAGAAGUGUCUUAUCAUCCGAUGACUUGUUAUUAUUUCGAAUAUAACACUUUCUGAGUAUCGUGUAACAAGAAAUCUGUUGUUUAGUGGA